AUGGAUGAUAACUCUGUUAUAGACAAAGACACACCUAUCGAAGCGCAACGUCUGGCCGUACAAUGCUAUAUUAACCUACAAAACUACCACGUAAGCAUGCAGGCCAUGCUCAACAAGGAUUUCGUGAAUGAGCUGCUCAACAUACUACAGAGAAUAGAUAUCGGAUUAAAAAUUAUGAGCUGCACAGCGCUCAGUGGGCUGAUGACCGAGCAAAUCUCUAAGGAAUUGUUUACCUCGGGAAAAGGUGAAGAGGACGGGUUCUAUGUACUGAAGCGUUUGAAAAGUCCAUUCCCAACGCUGCGGGCAUUAGCCGAAGCUCCCGCUCCGCACCAAGAUCCUGUGUUCGUGUGCAACUUUCAAAUUCCCAAUGCGGAUAGUUCCUUGGAAAUAAACGUGCGAGCCUCGAAGUUUCCGCUGAUGAUGUCAAAGCCGAUGUCGUUCUCAAAUCGCAACGUUAUACGGGACGACCCUCAUUUGCGUACAUAUUUACUGCGCUUGCGCAUGUGGUUUGGUGAUCCUGCGAAAUCUUUGCACUACUUCGAAAUUGAUGACGCUCAUUACGAAGUGAGGUGCCGGGACAAACGUGACGAAGUGUCAUCAUCGUUGAAACAGAAAGCGAUACUGUUGGCCGAAUUCGUCUCCGAAGCUAUGAGCGGGUUGACUCAAGAACGCGACUGCUCCUUGCCGAGUGUAGACUUACAUUUAGCUGAUUUGAUGACGGCGUUAAAAUCAAACCUGGUGGGUUUGGGUUUCGUGAAGUGCGGUGGUAGUUUAGAGCGGGCGUUGCUUUACAAAGUCUUGGCGGAUCGUUCGGGGCUGCCGUGUGCCCUGCACCGCGCCACCAGCGGACACGCCUGGUGCGAAGUCGCCGUGCCUGAACUCGACCCGGAGGAUUCAGAACAAACGGAGGAGAAUUACCCAGCGGGACUAUUGCGAGCCAACUAUGUAGUGGACUUGACAGAGCGCCCAGGGCGGCUUCUACCACGCGGCUGUUUUAAGACGCAGCGCAUAUGCGGUCCCACGUGCGAUGCGCGUUACACUGCUCGUGCGCCACCGGAAGUUUGUAAAUGUCAAGAUUAA